GAGAGGACCGUGACUUGGGCUGAUGAUCAGAAGAAAUACAUGCUUGAUUGGUACAUCGACUACUUGAAAGACGCCUACUCACUAAACCCAUCAAAUUCUAUGAAGAGAUGCAGGAGCUGUUCACUGGAUCUAGUGCUGAUGGUUCAUUAGCUAUGGAUCAGAAUACAUGCAUGGAUGUUAGUGAUGAUUCCGAUAGUGAUUCAAGGGAGAUGCAUGACCUCAAUGGCUAUACACCACCUGAAGAUCCACUUGGUGAUGAUUCAGACACAAUACCAACUCCUAUCACAAAUGCAACCGGUGAGAACAACUACCCUUCCAACUAUACUCGAUCUGGUAUAAAGCGUUCACGAGGAAAUCCUAUGUGUACUGUAUCAACUAAGAAGGCAUCAAAGUACAAGAGUCGUCUUGUAGAGUCCAAUGAUGAAAUCACAGCUACAAUGAAAUCACUUCGGGACACACUUGUUGCCACUGCUCCUCCUCAUAUAUCACAACUUGUUGAUCCACAUGCAACGUUGUGGCAGCGACUAGAGACUAUCCCAUUGACACCUGAUCAAAGAAUUAUCGUUGGUGAGCAUUUGUCUUCUAAGGAGAAUGAAGUUAAACGUAGCUGGUUGUGCAAUGCAAGUGAUGGUACUUUGCAUGCUUGGGUCUUCAAGUUCUUAUGUGAGAAGGAAGGGUUAAAUCUGUGAACUCUACAAGUUGGUUGCAAGCUCAUUUUGUCUAUGUGUGCUACUCACAUAACGGCUAGAAUAUGUUUAGUGAGAAUGCUACUUUUGUUGCUUAUCAAUGUUAGCUGAAUAGAGCCUGAUAAGUUGUUGUUAGUCAUCUGGUUCGACA